AUGAUCCAAAUCGGCUCCAAUGCGACUAGAGUCAUGGCAAGCUGGGGCAAUGUCGUCAAGGAUAUCCAAGCCAUCUCCGCCCAGCCUCCGACAAUGACGAUGUUCAAUACUGAAGGGAAGGAGCUGCUGACUGCGCCUUUGCCGAGUGAAUUUGGCGGCCACCCAGUCCUCUUCUCCAAUAGAGGUUACAUCCAAAAAACGAUAUAUGAAUAUGCUUGUUCUAUCGGGGUAAAAUUCCGCUUCAACUCUCGUAUCAAGUCUUAUUUUGAGGACGCACAUGGUGCGGGUGUCAAUAUUGGAGACGAGCGGAUGACUGCAGACGUCGUGAUUGCUUGUGAUGGCAUCCACAGUGCUGCGAGACAGUACAUCACAGGAGCAAAGCAUUUGGCUCGUACGAGUGGAUUUGCUGUCUACCGGUCGUGUUUCUCGUUGGAUCGUCUGGCAACCCAUCCUCUUACGAAGCGCUUCGCCGAGUCCAAAGUCGACGAGUUUUACGUUUGGAUUGGCCCUAUGAUUCAUGUCAUAUUAUUGACCACCAUUGCCGUGCGCGGUGCUGUAGUCUUUGUCACUCACAAGGACACGUACGAAAUGGAAGAAUCCUGGAGUUUCCCUGGAGAUAAGAAGGAUAUGCUUGGAGUGACAAAGGGCUGGGACCCCGUCAUUGCAGCUGUCAUAGAGGCAAUCCCCCCUGAGAAUAUUAUUGAUUGGAAACUGCUAUGGAGAGACCCCAUCAAGAAAUGGGUCUCGGAAAACGGCCGUAUCGCUAUAGCCGGCGAUGCCGCACAUCCUCACCUUCCGACUUCUGGGUCCGGAGCUGCACAAGCGAUAGAAGAUUCUGCCACUCUCGGGGCCUUACUCGACAAGUUGGGAAAGGAAAACCUUCCACUCGCGUUGAAAGUUUAUGAGCGACUCAGGUACGAGCGUACCAGCCUCACACAGCGGAUGGGCUGGGAGACACGACACCGAUGGCACCAAACGGAUUGGGAAGCAGUCAAGGAGAACCCAGAGUACUUGAAAAUGCCCCAGCCAUUUUGGUUGUACAAUCAUGACGCGGGCAAGUACGCCUAUGAUCGAUGCGACGAUGCCGUUGCUAGCCUCAAGAACGGUAGUGAAUUCACGUCGACGAACCUGCCCGAAGGGUACAGGCAUGAGGAACGGACGGUGGAGAAGAUGCUGGCGUUGGAGGAUUCCCAAGUCAAGGAGCAUGUUUAUAAGAUUGCAAAUCGUUAA